CCACCAACACAAAAAGGUGAAGACGAAAAUUGUAAAGAGUGAAUGAGGAUCAAUAAGUUGAAGUAAAUUCUGUUCCGCAUGUGAUUUCAUUUCGAAUUCAAUUUCUGUUGGAGUAACAUCGAUAGUAAAACUUUCGAUCUGUGUAAGUUUUUCCUAAUCCAGUUAAAUUAAUCUAAUUAGAAUAUUCGACCAUUUCUUCAAUUACAUUGAUCAUCUAAUCAUCGAGAAAUAAUGACAAAAAUGGAAAUAGAUAAUCUGAUUAAUAACUUGGAACAUGAUUUACGCGCAAAAAAGUCAAACAAAACAAAGUCAUCAUCAGUUAUUUCAUCACGAACGACAAAAACGAUAAUAUCAUCAGGCAAUAAGAAGCACGAAGAGAUUCGGAAACACCAGAAGAAUGAAUCUUAUUCAGAUAAAUCGGUUAUUUUUCCACCAAAUCAAAGGGAGAUAAUCAACGAAGAUACUCCACAAUACGAUGUGAAAGUAAGUUCAGUUCCGGUCAAAGCAAAGGCCAAAAUGUUUGACACGAUUGUCUCAAGAUCCGAGCCUCGGAACGAAACUCCCAGUCCUGUAGUAGCAAUACAAUAUCCUCAACGAGAGUCUCGAUCUUUAACUCGUGACAACACUCGAAGUAAUCCAAUGGCGAUUGCUAAGCUUCGUUAUCGAUCAACUUCCUCAUCCGGACAUCGAAGUCCAAGUAAUCAUUAUGAUAAUAAAGUUAACUAUCGAAGAUCAGAAUCAUCCCCAAGAAGACAAGAAUUUUUCCGUCACCGAGACUCGAGACAUGGCAAGCCUCUUCCUGGAGUAAAUCAGUUCAUUGGAUCAUCUUGGCCAAAUGGAUUGGAUCAAGCCGGUAAAAGUAACCACGAUAAUGAUGGAAUUCACUAUGAACAUUAUCCUCGACCAGUUUACUCACCUCAACCCUCAUCAGUUGGCUGGUCAACACCGGCUUCAAGUCCUGAGCCGCCUCGUGAAAUGUCACCAAUCAGGAAAAUUGUCGUUAAACGACAAGAAGCUCCUCCGACACCAGUACCCGACUACAUGAAAAACCUUCGACUCAUGGAACUGAAUGAUCCACCUUAUACUCAUGUGAUCCCACCUAAAUUUGGUACAUUAACUCGUCGUCGUUAUCCAAAUAUUGCCAAAGAUCCCAAUCCUCAUGGUCCACCUUGUGGUCUAUGUUAUGAUCCAAUUGAUGAAGAUCGUUGUAUCGUCCAAGAGGGUGUCCAGUACCAUGUUUGGCACUAUGCUUGUUCUUAUUGCUUAGUGACAUUGAAACAGAACGAUUUCACUGUGGUCAAGGAUAAUAAGCCAUUUUGCACGAAUUGUUACAGGAGAAUGUUAAUUCCUAAUAAUUGAAUCAAUUUUUGGAUUGAAAGUGAUCCAAUUAAGAGGGAAAAGGCUCGAUUAAUUGCUAAGUAAACAAAUUGUCAAAUCGCUUCUGUAUAUUAAAAGAUUCAAAUCGAUUAACCAAUAAAAAACUAAAUCCUAUUAUUAAUACAAAUAAAA